AAAGAGAGAACAAAAAAUUAAAGAGAAGAAAAUCAUAAAAUAGAAGAACAUUCCCAUUUCCCAAGCUAUGAAAAAUUGGUAUCUCAUCCACUGACUUUGUUCACCGAUCCAUUUUUCAGGGUUAGGGUUCUUGUCCUUCUUUCCUUUUAGGUGUUUGCAAUGGCGUAACAGAUACAUUGGGAAAUGGAGGCAGAGGAAGCGUACAGAAGUAGAGAGCGCACAGUGCUGGUGGUAAUAGUGGUACUGGCUUCGGUGGCCGUGUCCUCCUUGCUCGUCGCCUUCAGCUACUAUUGUUACAUUCGGAACAAGGUCUCUAAGCGCCUCAAGGACCGCCAAAGGGCUGAUAAUGAGGGCAAAGGUGGCUUUCAAAAUCUGCAAGUUGCGGCUGAGAAGGGGCUUCAGGUAUUCACUUUCAAGCAGCUUCAUUCCGCAACUGCUGGUUUCAGCAAGUCAAAUGUAGUUGGGCAUGGUGGAUUCGGGCUAGUGUACCGAGGGGUGCUCAAUGAUGGUAGGAAAGUUGCUAUUAAGUUGAUGGAUCAGGCAGGAAAGCAAGGAGAAGAUGAAUUUAAAGUAGAGGUGGAAUUGCUGAGUCGGCUGCAUUCUCCUUAUUUGUUGGCGUUGGUUGGGUAUUGUUCUGAUAAUAACCAUAAAUUACUGGUGUACGAGUUCAUGGCAAACGGUGGUCUGCAGGAACAUUUAUAUCCUGUGAGCAGUACCAGUUCUAUCUCCCUAAAAUUGGACUGGGAAACUAGAUUGAGAAUAGCCCUUGAAGCUGCGAAGGGUUUAGAAUAUCUACAUGAACACGUCAGUCCUCCAGUGAUUCACAGAGAUUUUAAGAGCAGUAACAUCCUAUUAGACAAAAAUUUUCAUGCCAAAGUUUCUGAUUUUGGAUUGGCGAAGCUUGGAUCGGAAAAGGCUGGUGGAUAUGUUUCAACCCGAGUGUUAGGCACCCAAGGCUAUGUUGCCCCUGAGUAUGCCUUGACAGGCCAUCUGACUACUAAGUCCGAUGUCUAUAGUUAUGGCAUUGUCCUUUUAGAGUUGCUCACAGGCAGAGUUCCAGUUGAUAUGAAGAGACCUCCUGGGGAAGGUGUUCUAGCAUCUUGGGCAUUACCCCGGCUGACAGACAGAGAUAAGGUUGUAGAGAUUAUGGAUCCUGCUCUGCAGGGUCAGUACUCACUGAAGGAGGUUAUUCAGGUAGCUGCAAUUGCUGCAAUGUGCGUGCAACCAGAGGCAGAUUACAGGCCGCUGAUGGCUGAUGUUGUACAAUCACUGGUUCCGCUGGUGAAGACUUACAGGUCAAGUUCAAAGGUAGGCAGCUGCUCUAGUUUCCAAGUUAAAUCGCCCACAACACAUGAUUUUGGAAAAGCUAGUGUAUGAAACCGAUUAUUUAGCUAACUUGGAUUAACAUGAACUGUGUAAUCUAUGAACGAUUUAGAGAAAACUGCUUUGUUUGUUUU